AUGACGACAUUGUCCUCGAGAGAUCACAUAUUUGAGCUUCCAGAUGGGCGGAAGCUAGGUUACGCGGACUAUGGUAGCCCAACCGGGAAACCUCUUCUCUACUUUCACGGAUAUCCAUCCUGUCGUCUCGAAGCGUCAGUUGCCGACGAAAUGGCGAAGCGGCAUAACAUACGGCUCAUCGCAAUCGACCGUCCCGGGUUUGGAUUAUCAACACCACAACCCAACCGACAGCUUAUGGACUGGCCCGCAGAUGUUCGUAAUAUCGCAGAAGGCUUGAACAUUCCACAAUUCGCAGUAAUGGGCUGUUCUGGGGGAGGGCCUUUUGCACUGGCCUGCGCCCAUUCGCUACCAAAGAGCAUGCUUACUGGAGUUGGUCUAUUUGCCAGCGGCCCCCCAUGGGCAGCAGGCGCGCAUCACAUGUCAAUCUACCGAAGAGUAUUUGCUUCACUGGCAAAAGUUGUGCCUGGGGCGGUGUCAUCCGGCUUGGGCCUCCUCAUCCGCCUACUCGUAUGGGUAGUCAACACUAGACCCGUGGUCACUAGGACGAAUCGAUGGUUGGAGGAAGCCAGCAAGAAAUCUCAAAGCGAAUCGUCCGGUUCGACAGACGGGUCGAGUGAUGCGAGUCCCGAGACGAGAACCCCUGAGGAACGAAGGCAGAAUCUCUUACGGAUGCUUGUAUAUGAGCCUUUUGUUCAAGGUCCUGAGGCUGCCGUUCACGAGGCACUGAUAUUGAGCUCAAAGGACUGGGGUUUUGACUUUGAGAAUGUACAGUAUGAUGCGGUGAAAAUCUGGCACGGGGCGAAAGACAAGAACGCCCCUGCAGUCGCCAUACGAUACUUAACAGAACGUCUACCGCAUUGCAGGUACACAGAAUUCGAAGAAGACACGCAUUAUACGAUGUGGAAGCAUUUCGAAGGCGCGCUGACUGAUUUGAUGUCGGAGGACUCAGCGCAGAAAGCUGAUAACCUGGAAGUAGGAGUACACAAUCGCUCUAAAUAA